GGUUGACGGUGAAACUGGUCAAACAGGAAUCUGCUCGUCCUGUUCAAACUUAUUCGUGGACUUGUUGCUUCCAGAGGACUAAUAUUCCCUCCAAGAGUCCGGGGGUCGCCUUAGGUAAAGAACUUUCGACUUUGUUUGACGGAGCGACGUACUUUUUUUCCUUUUUUUUUUGUACCUAUUUUGCUUCUGAAAGUUCAGGUGUGUCCAGGUGGUCAAGCUCAAAGGUAGACGCUCGUGCUGCCAGCGCCAGGCCCCAGCAUGCGCAGGCGUCUGGACCGGAUUCGUAACUGGAGCCACAGACGGGCGGAAGACUGGGCGGACCCGGCCGAGUCGCCCAGCACGUCGGACACAGAAUGCAGCGAGGAGGUCCUUUCAGGAACACCUCCUGUUCUCCAGGAGGACCCCAAAACCGAUCUCAACGAGAUCAAAGGUCAUCUCGAGAUCACCUUGUUAGAGAAACACUUCUUACAGGAGGAGCUGAGGAAACUCCGAGAAGAAGAGUCCAGCGUGGACACGUUGCGUGAGGAGCUGGAGAAAGAGCACUGCAGGAACGUGGAGCUGGAGCAGAAGAUCAAAAACAUGAGUCGCAGACUUGAAGAUCCCACGAGUGCCGCUCCCAUAGCUCCGCCUCCUCAGGCCCUCGGCGCCGCAGAGAAAGACAAGGAGGACAUGUACUCCCGCUUCCAGAGGUGGCUCCUCCGUUAUUUGGGCGUCGACUUCCAGGACUUCAACUUCCAGCCGGAGGAGGAAGUGGCGGAGCCGGACGAGCAGCUCAGUGCCAGGAGGCUGACAGAAAACAUGAGACGUCUCAAGAGAGGACUCAGACCUGUGACGAACUUCAAGAGGGACUUGUCGGCCCUGUCCAGCUGGUACUCGGUCUACACGUCGGCCAUCGCCUUCACCAUGUACAUGUAUGCAACGUGGCGUGGAUGGACCAUCUCCAUGUUCCUGUUCCUCGCCGUCCUCCGCCUCUCUUUAAAUUACCUCAUCGCCAGGGGCUGGAGGAUCCAGUGGAGCAUCGUGCCGGAGAUCUCAGAACCCGUGGAGCCUCCCAGGGAGGACCUGACCGUCACGGAGAAGUUCCAGCUGGUCCUGCACGUGGCCCAGAAAGUUCAGAUCAUCUUUGGCAAGAUGGCCGACGUUCUGGAGAAGAUCAAGAAUCUCUUCAUGUGGGUGGAUCCUAAGUUAACCAAGAAGCUGUACGUGGCUGUGUGGGUGCUCUUCAUCGCCUCCUGCCUGCUGCCUUACAAAGUGCUGGGACUCAUCAUCGGUGUGGUUGCAGGUGUCAAGUUCUUCAUCAUCAACUUCAUCUUCAGGAGCUGUCCCAAACUGCGGGAACGUUACGACACGGUUCACAUUGUGUGGACUAGCCUGCCCACAGACCUGCAGCUGAGGGAGCGUGGCGACCCCUCGCUAUCCCGACGGCUGUCUGAGUGUGACCAGGUAAGGUUGUGUUGUGGUCAUGUGACACAAGCGAAGCACCUGUUGGAGGCGUGCACGUCCUUAUUGGACCUUCCAGCCCGGUUCUGGUUCUUGUUGAGUCCCCUUUGUUGUCUUCAGGUUCCUUCUGGGGAGGACGUGGGAGCAGGAAAGUCCUUCAGCACCAAGAGAGGAGCCUUCCAUGAGGUCUUUAACCUCCCAGAGAGUGAGCUUCCACUGACAGCGUGUGAGGGAGGUUGGCGCUGCUGCCUGAUUAACCGUGACAAGAAGACGCCCACAGACUACAUCCGUCACGGCGUGCUCUACGUCACAGAGAACCACCUGUGCUUCGAGUGCUCCAGGUCUUCAUCCUCCAAGAGGAACAAAGUCAUCAAGCUGCUGGACAUCGUGGACAUCCAGAAGUACAAAGUCCUGUCCGUCCUCCAAGGCUUCGGCAUGGGCAUCUCCAUAGCAACGCCCUCCACCCAGAAGCCCCUGGUGUUUGGAGCCAUGGCCAACCGCGACGAAGCCUUCCACCUCAUCUCCAGCCAGCACAAGAAGACGGUCGCCAUGGUUACCGCCGCCAUCCCAGAGACGUAGGAAGCGGACGAUGUUCCUCCUCCGAACACCAGGAAAGUCUUACACAGGAAGUCACCUCUUCAGGACUUUUAUUUGCUUUGUUUCAACCUAAAAAUCAUGACGCUAUCUUGGAAAUAUGCUAACACUUUAUGCUAGCUUUUUAGCUCAUUUUUGUAUGUUUGAACCUAAAAAUAAUGGCACAAUCUUGGAAGCAUGCUAACAUUUUAUGCUAGCUUUUUAGCUAUUUUUUUCUGUUUGAACCUAAAAAUCAUGGCGCUAUCUUGGAAAUAUGCUAACACUUUAUGCUAGCUUUUUAGCAAAUUUUUUUAGUUUGAACCUAAAAAUAAUGGCGCUAUCUUGGAAAUAUGCUAACAUUUAUGGUAGAUUUUAGCAAUUUGUUUUAUGUUUGAACCUAAAAAUCAUGGCACAAUCUUGGAAGCAUGCUAACAUUUUAUGCUAGCUUUUUAGCAAUUUUUUUUUGUUUGAACCUAAAAAUCAUGGCGCUAUCUUGGAAAUAUGCUAACACUUUAUGCUAGCUUUUUUGCUAUUUUUUUUGUUUGAACCUAAAAAUCAUGGCGCUAUCUUGGAAAUAUGCUAAAACUUUAUGCUAGCUUUUUAGAUCUUUGUUUUUUGUUUGAACCUAAAAUUUUUGCCACAAUCUCGGAAGCAUGCUAACAUUUUAUGCUAGCUUUUUAGCAAUUUUUUUCUGUUUGAACCUAAAAAUCAUGGCGCUAUCUUGGAAGCAUGCUAACAUUUUAGGCUAGCUUUUUAGCUCUUUUUUUUUUUGUUUGAACCUAAAAAUCAUGGCGCUAUCUUGGAAAUAUGCUAAAACUUUAUGCUAGCUUUUUAUCUCAUUUUUUAUGUUUGAACCUAAAAAUCAUGGCGGCGUCUUGGAAAUAUGCUAAAACUUUAUGCUAGCUUUUUAGAUCUUUGUUUUUUGUUUGAACCUAAAAAUCAUGGCGCUAUCUUGAAAAUAUGCUAACAUUUAUGGUAGAUUUUAGCACAUUUUUUUUAUGUUUGAACCUAAAAAUCAUGGCACUAUUUUGGAAAUAUGCUAACACUUUAUGCUAGCUUUUUUAUCUCAUUUUUUAUGUUUGAACCUAAAAAUCAUGGUGCCAUCUUGAAAAUAUGCUGACAUUUUAUACUAUCUUUUUAGCUAUUUUUUAUGUUUAAACUUAUAAAAUCAUGGCGCCAUCUCGGAAAUAUGCUAGCAUUUUAUGCUAGCUUUUUAGCUAAUUUUUUAUGUUUAAACCUAAAAAUCAUGGCGCCAUCUUGGAAGUAUGCUAACAUCUCUUAUCUUAACAUGCUAACAUUUUAUGGUAGCUUUUUAGGUCAUUUUUUAUGUUUGAACCUAAAAAUCAUGCUUUUUGACAUUUGCCGCCAUCUUGGAAAUAUGCUAACGUUUUAUGCUAGCUCUUCAACUAUUUUUGUAUGUUUAUACCUAAAAUCUAGUGCAUUUUAAUACUUGGCGCUAGCUUAGAAGUACACUAACUUGUCGUAUGUCAUCAUGCAAACAUUAGCAUGCUAACAUUUUAUGCUAGCUUCUUAGCUAAAUGUGUAUGUCUACACGCAAAAAUCAUGGAUUUGCAUACUUGGGGCAAUCUUGGAAGUAUGUUAACAUCUCUUAUAUUAGCAUGCUAAUGUUAGCAUGCUAGCAUUCUAGCUAAUUUUGUGUGUUUAUACCUAAAAAUCAUGUUUUUUAUAUAUUCGGCGCCAUCUGAGAAAUAUGCUAACAUCUGCAGACUAACGUUUUAUGCUAGCCGUUCAGCUAUUUUCGUAUGUUUACAUUGAAAAACUAGUGCAUUUUAAUACUUGGCGCUAUCUUAGAAGUACACUAAUUUGUCAUAUGUCAUCAUGCUAAUGUUAGCAUGCUAGAAACUUUAUGCUAGCUUUUUAGCUAAAUUUGUAUGUUUACACCCAAAAAUCAUGGACAUGGAUACUUGGCGCAAUCUUACAAGUAUGUUAACGUGUCUUACAUUUGCAUGCUAAUGUUAGCAUGUUAAUGUUUUAUGCUAGCUUUUUAGCUAAUUUUGUACAUUUAUACCUAUAAAUCGCACAUUUUGAUACUUGGCGCCAUCUCAGAAGUAUGAUAACGUCUGUUAUAUUGGCGUGCUAACAUAAGUAUGCUAACAUUUUAUGCUAGCUUUAGAGCUAAUGUACAUUUAAACCCAAAAAGUCAUAGAUUUUGAUAAUUGGCGCCAUCUCAGAUGUAUGAUAACGUCUCUUAAAUCGGCAUGCUAACAUAAGCAUGCUAACGUUUUAUGCUAGCUUUUUAGCUAAUAUCGUAUAUUUAAACCUAAAAAUGGCCAUCAAAAUUUCCGUUGUAAUUUUCUAGUUAUAAUUAUUAUAGCUAAUAAUACAAUGCGGGAAUCGAUUUAAACGAUUCUGAAUCGAAUCGGAAUCAAAUUGAAUCGUUAGUUGCCCAAAGAUUCACAUUCUGAGUUUAUUAAUCUCAACUUUCAAGUGAACAAAACAUAUAUUUCACUCUUUUUUUAAGCUUGGACUUUUAAAAAGUACUUUAAUUGUUCAUGUGUGUACUUUUAGAACAAUGCAGCUUUUUAUAGCUUUGCAAAGUCUUUCUUUCCCCUCAAAUUGUGUUUUUGAACGGCCUUUAGACUUCCUGCUGCUGCUAAAAUGAAAUACAUUUGUAUUAUUUUAAUGCAAUCCUGCUUUUAAACCAGGGGUGUCCGAAGUAUGCUAAUAUUAGCAUGCUAGCUUUUUGUGUUGCAAAUAUUGCAGGUGUAUAUUUGUUACUUGACGAACGAUACCUGCUUGCAUGCUAAUGUUAUUAUGCUAGGUUUUUCUUGUGUGCUAUUGUUGUAGUUGUACACCCCCGUCGUAUUUUGGUACUUGAUGCAUGCUAACGUUAGCAGGCUAGCAUUUGAAACACAUUUUUCAGGUACACAACUCAGAGUAAUAUAUUUUGGUAUUCGACACACGUUGCAGUUAGCAUUUUUAGCAUGCGAGAUAUAUUUAUAUAGUUUAGCAGGAAUACAUCUCAGACUAAUAUAUUUUGGUAUUUGACACACGUUAGUUAGCAUUUUAGCAUGCUAACAUUAGCAUGCUAAAUAUAUUUUUAAGCUAGUUUAGCAGGAAUACACUUCAGACUAAUAUAUUUUGGUAGUCGACACACGUUAGUUAGCAUUUUAGCAUGCUAACAUUAACAUGCUCGAUUAUUUUUUUCAAGCUAAUUUAGCAGGAAUACACCUCAGAGUAAUAUAUUUUGGUAUUCGACACACGUUACAGUUAGCAUUUUAGCAUGCUAGAUAUAUUUUUUAAAGAUAAUUUAGCAGGAAUACACCUCAGAGUAAUAUAUUUUGGUAUUCGACACACGUUACAGUUAGCAUUUUUAGCAUGCUAGAUAUUUUUUUAAGCUAAUUUAGCAGUAAUACACCUCUGAGUAAUAUAUUUUGGUAUUUGACACACGUUAGUUAGCAUUUUAGCAUGCUAACAUUAAUAUGCUAGAUUAUUUUUUUCAGCUAAUUUAGCAGGAAUACACCUCAGAGUAAUGUAUUUUGGUAUUCGACACACAUUAGUUAGCAUUUUAGCAUGCUAACAUUAGCAUGCUAGAUUUUUUUUUUAAAGCUAAUUUAGCAGGAAUAGACCUCAGAGUAAUAUAUUUUGGUAAUCGACACACGUUAUUUAGCAUUUUAGCAUGCUAACAUUAGCAUGCUAGAUAUUUUUUAAGCUAAUUUAGCAGUAAUACACCUCUGAGUAAUAUAUUUUGGUAUUUGACACACGUUAGUUAGCAUUUUAGCAUGCUAACAUUAAUAUGCUAGAUUAUUUUUUUCAGCUAAUUUAGCAGGAAUACACCUCAGAGUAAUGUAUUUUGGUAUUCGACACACAUUAGUUAGCAUUUUAGCAUGCUAACAUUAGCAUGCUAGAUAAUUUUUUUAAAGCUAAUUUAGCAGGAAUACACCUCAGAGUAAUAUAUUUUGGUAUUCGACACACGUUACAGUUAGCAUUUUUAGCAUGCUAACAUUAGCAUGCUAGAUAUUUUUUUAAGCUAAUUUAGCAGGAAUACACCUGAGUAAUAUAUUUUGGUAUUCGACACACAUUAGUUAGCAUUUUAGCAUGCUAACAUUAACAUGCUAGAUUAUUUUUUUCAGCUAUUUUAGCAGGAAUACACCUCAGAGUAAUGUAUUUUGGUAUACGACACACAUUAGUUAGCAUUUUUAGCAUGCUAACAUUAGCAUGCUAGAUAUUUUUUAAGCUAAUUUAGCAGGAAUAUACCUCUGAGUAAUAUAUUUUGGUAUUCGACACACGUUAGUUAGCAUUUUAGCAUGCUAACAUUAGCAUGCUAGAUAUUUUUUUAUAGCUAAUUUAGCAGGAAUACACCUCAGAGUAAUGCAUUUUGGUAUACAAUACACGUUAGUUAGCAUUUUUAGCAUGCUAACAUUAGCAUGCUAGAUAUUUUUUAAGCUAAUUUAGCAGGAAUAUACCUCUGAGUAAUAUAUUUUGGUAUUCGACACACGUUAGUUAGCAUUUUAGCAUGCUAACAUUAGCAUGCUAGAUAUUUUUUUAUAGCUAAUUUAGCAGGAAUACACCUCAGAGUAAUGCAUUUUGGUAUACAAUACACGUUGUUAGCAUUUUUAGCAUGCUAACAUUAGCAUGCUAGAUAUUUUUUAAGCUAAUUUAGCAGGAAUACACCUCAGAGUAAUGUAUUUUGGUAUUCGACACACGUUAGUUAGCAUUUUAGCAUGCUAACGUUAACAUGCUAUAUUUUUUUUUUUUAGCUAAUUUAGCAGGAAUACACCUCAGAGUAAUAUAUUUUGGUAUUCAACACACGUUACAGUUAGCAUUUUAGCAUGCUUACAUUAGCAUGCUAGAUUUUUUUAAGCUAAUUUAGCAGGAAUACACCUCGGAGUAAUAUAUUUUGGUAUUUCGCUAAUGUUAACUAAGUAUCGUUAGCAUGUUAGCAGAGUACUGUUAGCGUGCUAGAUUUUUAGCUCAUUUUGUUAAUUUUUUGUGUUUAGGGUUUUUUGAAAAACAAAUCUGUACUGGUUUUGAAAGUGAAAACUAGCAAAAUCCUUUGUUUGUCAGUCUGAGGCCCUCAGUGGAAAAAGUGUGGACACGCCUGUUUUAAAAAGGCAUCUCGUUUUUGUGCAGUACUCAAUUGUUCCUGCUGGUGUCAGUAGUGGGUAGUAGUCACUGAGUCUUUUACGCACUUUUGAAUAGAUGAAUGAAUACAAAUUUAUUUUUCUCAAUAAGAUAAUAAAAUGCUAAUAAAAAUGAUUGCUGUGGAUAGAAGUCGUCGUCGUUUA